UAUAUGUGAGAGAGUGUGUGUCUAUCUGUGUGUGUGUGUUUAUCUCUGUGUGUCUAUCUUUGUGUGUGUUUAUCUAUCUGUGUGUGUGCCUAUCAGUGUGCCUGCCUGUUUGUGCAUGUGCCUGUGAGAGCACAUGUGCGUGGGCUCACUAGCACGCGCAGCACCUGUGUGAGUAAGAGCGGUCUCCAUUUUGCUGUGUUGUCCCAGGGAGAGAGGGGCAGGAGAGGCAGAGGGAAGCCUUGUCAGACAGGACCACCUGGAAGUCCGGGACAAAGAGGAGGCAGUGGAGAGCUCGGAAACGAGGGACUAAAGGGAGAGAAAGGGGAACCCGGACUCUCUGCCGAGGAGGUGAAGGAGCUGGUCAACCAAGAGGUUGUGAACCAGUGCGGGAUGGACUUGAAGUUUAUGGUGAAGUCCAAGGACCCGGAUGCUGAGAGCAUGUUUGAGAGGGAUCCGGACGAGCCUAUAUCCAUCCUCACUCGCAGCCUACCUGAGGAUGAGAUGGGAGAGGAGGAAGAGGACAAGAAAAUACUUGAAAAGGAGCUGGUAGGAUCAACCACUCCUCCCCCCGUCCCCUUGCAAGAGGAGGGGACCCCAGGUGAUGACAACCUUACCGACUCUGGAGCCAACAGGGGAGCGGAUUGGGGACUGAGGCACAGGAGAAGAAGGGUUCCGAGAGUUGGGCCAGGCUCAGACUUGACCCCUGACCCCUGCCUGCAGCCCAUGUCAGAGGGGGGAUGUUGGGAGUAUGUCCUGCUGUGGUACUACCACCCCCGCUCCGGGGAGUGCCGGCCGUUUGUCUAUGGAGGUUGUGAGGGCAACCACAACCGCUUCAACACCAAACACGAUUGUCAGAGGUGGUGUGGGAAAGAGAGGAGAGGUCUUGAGCCUAGAAGGUGAGAGAGAGCCGGCAAUCAAGACAAUUCUUAUUUUUGUAAAUGCCAGUGUAAAAUGUUCUAAUUUUUGUGCAGAUCUGUUUUUUUAAUAUUUAAAGUAAACUAAUGAUUAUCCACACUUGAGAGAAAUGCCCAUAUAGAGCAGAGCUGCAUGGGUUUCAUAUAUUUGCAUAAUCAUUUGAAAUGCUUUAUCUGUGCCUGUUUGAGCUUGCCAGGCUUAAUAACCCAAUAGAAAAGUCCCAAAACUGCAAAACCCUGCCCAUCUGGGACUCCAGGCAGUCUUAAGCUAACGCUCAAAUUAUUUUUCAAGUAUUUUAACCCACGUCUAAUACAGGCAUUAUAUUUUCUAUUGACUAUGACAAUUAUAGUUGACUCACCAUGCGAAUGUUAUGAAUGUGUUCUUUCAUGUUGUAAUCAAAAGGUAGCCUGCACAUUCUAUAGUACUAUAGUAUAGCACAUUCUAUUGUACUAUAGUAUAGCACAUUCUAUAGUACUAUAGUAUAGCACAUUCUAUAGUACUAUAGUAUAGCACAUUCUAUUGUACUAUAGUAUAGCACAUUCUAUAGUACUAUAGUAUAGCACAUUCUAUAGUACUAUAGUAUAGCACAUUCUAUUGUACUAUAGUAUAGCACAUUCUAUAGUACUAUAGUAUAGCACAUUCUAUAGUACUAUAUUAUAGCACAUUCUAUAGUACUAUAGUAUAGCACAUUCUAUAGUACUAUAGUAUAGCACAUUCUAUAGUAAUAUAGUAUAGCACAUUCUAUAGUAUAGCACAUUCUAUAGUACUAUAGUAUAGUGUAGCACAUUCUAUAGUACUAUAGUAUAGCACAUUCUAUAGUACUAUAGUAUAGCACAUUCUAUAGUAAUAUAGUAUAGCACAUUCUAUAGUACUAUAUUAUAGCACAUUCUAUAGUACUAUAGUAUAGCACAUUCUAUAGUAAUAUAGUAUAGCACAUUCUAUAGUAUAGCACAUUCUAUAGUACUAUAGUAUAGUGUAGCACAUUCAAUAGUACUAUAGUAUAGCACAUUCUAUAGUAAUAUAGUAUAGCACAUUCUAUAGUAUAGCACAUUCUAUAGUACUAUAGUAUAGUGUAGCACAUUCUAUAGUACUAUAGUAUAGCACAUUCUAUAGUAAUAUAGUAUAGCACAUUCUAUAGUAUAGCACAUUCUAUAGUACUAUAGUAUAGUGUAGCACAUUCUAUAGUACUAUAGUAUAGCACAUUCUAUAGUACUAUAGUAUAGCACAUUCUAUAGUACUAUAGUAUAGCACAUUCUAUAGUACUAUAGUAUAGCACAUUCUAUAGUACUAUAGUAUAGCACAUUCUAUAGUACUAUAGUAUAGCACAUUCUAUAGUAAUAUAGUAUAGCACAUUCUAUAGUAUAGCACAUUCUAUAGUACUAUAGUAUAGUGUAGCACAUUCUAUAGUACUAUAGUAUAGCACAUUCUAUUGUACUAUAGUAUAGCACAUUCUAUAGUACUAUAGUAUAGCACAUUCUAUAGUAUAGCACAUUAUAUAGUAGUAUAGUAUAGCACAUUCUAUAGUACUAUAGUAUAGCACAUUCUAUAGUAAUAUAGUAUAGCACAUUCUAUAGUAUAGCACAUUCUAUAGUACUAUAGUAUAGUGUAGCACAUUCUAUAGUACUAUAGUAUAGCACAUUCUAUAGUACUAUAGUAUAGCACAUUCUAUAGUACUAUAGUAUAGCACAUUCUAUAGUACUGUAGUAUAGCACAUUCUAUAGUACUAUAGUAUAGCACAUUCUAUAGUAUAGCACAUUCUAUAGUAGUAUAGUAUAGCACGCACUAUAGUAUAGUAUAGCACAUACUAUAGUAUAGUAUAGCACAUACUAUAGUAUAGUAUAGCACGUUCUAUAGUACUAUAGUAUAGCACGUACUAUAGUAUAGCACGUACUACCGUACUAUAGUAUAGCACAUUCUAUAGUACCAUAUUAUAGCACAUUCUAUAGUACUAUAGUAUAGCACAUUCUAUAGUACUAUAGUAUAGCACAUUCUAUAGUAUAGCACAUUAUAUAGUAGUAUAGUAUAGCACGUACUAUAGUAUAGGAUAGCACGUACUAUAGUAUAGUACGUUCUAUAGUACUAUAGUAUAGCACGUACUAUAGUAUAGCACGUUCUAUAGUACUAUAGUAUAGCACAUUCUAUAGUAUAGCACAUUAUAUAGUACUAUAGUAUAGCACAUUCUAUAGUACUAUAGUAUAGCACAUUCUAUAGUAUAGCACAUUCUAUAGUAGUAUAGUAUAGCACGUACUAUAGUAUAGUAUAGCACGUACUAUAGUAUAGUACAGCACGUUCCAUAGUACUAUAGUAUAGCACGUAUUAUAGUAUAGCACAUUCUAUAAUACUAUAGUGUAGCACAUUCUAUAGUACUAUAGUAUAGCACAUUCUAUAGUAUAGCACAUUCUAUAGUACUAUAGUAUAGCACAUUCCAUAGUACUAUAGUAUAGCACAUUCUAUAGUAUAGCACAUUCUAUAGUACUAUAGUAUAGCACAUUCUAUAGUACUAUAGUAUAGUAUAGCACAUUCUAUAGUAUAGCACAUUCUAUAGUACUAUAGUAUAGCACAUGCUAUAGUACUAUAGUAUAGCACAUUCUAUAGUAUAGCACAUUCUAUAGUACUAUUGUAUAGCACAUUCUAAAGUACUAUAGUAUAGCACAUUCUAUAGUACUUUAGUAUAGCACAUUCUAUAGUACUAUAGUAUAGCACAUUCUAUAGUACUAUAGUAUAGCACAUUCUAUAGUACUAUAGUAUAGCACAUUCUAUAGUACUAUAGUAUAGCACAUUCUAUAGUACUAUAGUAUAGCACAUUCUAUAGUACUAUUGUAUAGCACAUUCUAUAGUACUAUAGUAUGGCACUUUCUAUAGUACUAUAGUAUAGCACAUUCUAUAGUAGUAUAGCACAUUCUAUAGUAGUAUAGCACAUUCUAUAGUACUAUACUAUUGCACAUUCUAUAGUACUACUUCUAAUUGCAUAAUUUGUUCUAGUUGUUUUUAACACUUCAACCCUGAUAGUACUGAUAUAGUUCAACCCUGAUACUACUGAAAACAUUUUUAACACUUACACCCUGAUACUACUAAAAGAGUUUUUAACACUUAAAUCCUGAUACUUCUGAAAGAGUUUUUAACACUUAAACCCUGAUACUACUGAAAGAUGUUUAUUGUAUUGGUACAUGAUUCUACACCAAUGCCACUGUUAAUGUGAGUAUUUACUGUUUUAAUGUGUGUCAUUAAAUCACAACAAUGAGUCUA